AUGCCUCCUCCUGCACAACUGAUUCAGCGGUUCAGUCGGUUCUAUCCUAAACCCAAGAUUGAUCCGGAAUGGCUAGAACCUUGCUACGAAUGGGUCAUAGACCAACACCAGCUGCAACCCACGACCGAUCUGGACCAAAUAUACCAACUCGUUGAAGCACAGCUCCUACAAUCCGACCUUCAAGACUCUAUGCUCCAAGGAACGGGGCUCCCUUUGAACGUUGGGGAAAUGGAAGACGGUCGCCUCACAGGCCCUCCUGUUCUUGUUCAAAUUACCUCUCUGACAGAGAUAGGCCAUAGCGCCUUCACCCUUCAAAACAUCAGACAGACUCGUAUAGACCGAGCCGACCUCGCGGGCCUUGGAGGAGACGAUGCAGAAGAUGAGGGGCCCGUUCUGAGGUACCCACGGUCUAUGCUGCGAUUACAGCUCAGCGACGGCUUUACUACCAUAAACGCCAUUGAAUUUCGCAAGUUGCCUGACUUAAUUCUCGGAGAAACGCCUCUAGGUUACAAGGUAGAGUACCAUAAUCCUCAUAUGCUGAAAAUGGCCUGA